UUGAUUCCCAAGGCCGAUCGCAAGAAGAUCCACGAGUACCUCUUCCGUGAGGGUGUCCUCGUCGCCAAGAAGGACUUCAACCAGCCAAAGCACGGCGAGAUUGACACCAAGAACCUCUUCGUCAUCAAGGCCUGCCAGUCCCUCACCUCCCGCGGCUACCUCAAGACCCAGUUCUCCUGGCAAUGGUACUACUACACCCUCACCCCAGAGGGUCUCGACUACCUCCGCGAGUGGCUCCACCUCCCUGCCGAGAUCGUUCCUCAAACCCACGUCAAGCAGCAGCGUUCGCACGCUCCCCCGCGUGGCAUGCUCGGCGGGGAUGACCGCGAGCGUCGUGGUGGUGGCCGUGGCCGUGGUGACCGCGAGGGUGGCUACCGCCGCCGCGAGUAUGGCGACAACAAGGAGGGUGGUGCUCCAGGCAGCUUCAACCCAGAGUUCCGUGGUGGCUUUGGUCGUGGC